AUGAGGCAGCCUGGUGCAGCGCAUUCCGUUGCCUGGAAACAUCACAAACGAGAGAUUCAGCUGGGUUCCAGUCUCCCGUUGAAGAAAACCAAUGGCUAUAGCGGGAUUUUUGCGGCAACCAUCUACAAUAAAUGGCUGGAACGAAAAGUGUGCUUGUUGUCUGGUGGAAAACGUCCUGCGAAUAAGGAAAGCGUUUGGAACCCUUCGAUAGAGUUGGAGCUACUCAGAGGUUGA